AUAGCGAGUGCAAUGGAGAAGAUUCCCGGCUCAGGGAGAAGACACACACAGGAGCAGAUGUGGAAGGGUCACCUGACCCCCUCCUCUUGUUUAAUAAACCGCCGACAAAUGAGCCGCCAAAGAAGAAACUAGAGAUGUGUUCCAGUAUUUGCUUCAGUUCCCGUCAUGUUCCUUUAUUACCGGCAGUCUCUACAAUUGUCUUUUUAUUCAUCGUUAUUGUGGGUUUGGCUGUUUCAUUUCACACAGAAAUUGCCCCCAACUGAGGAAGCAGGGGCAAUGAAUACCCGAGGAAGGCUGGGAUCCAGCAGACGAGCAGUGAGCCAGAAAGCUGUGGUUGGUGCAGAAAAGAAAAUGGCUGCCACUGUAAAGAAAGCAAACAAGAAAGCAAAAGUUUUGCCAAAGGAGGAGGAAGUGGAAGAGGUGUCUGUGGAGAGUGAGGAGGAGGAAGAAAAGCUGUAUGAGGUCCCUGAGUCUGGUUUGUCUGGAUUUGCGGCAUCUGAGCCCCCUGUGCAAAGUGUUGCGGAACUACAGCUCUCUGCAUCUGGAGCAAAGGUUGGUGAAUCCCAAGUUACCUGUGUCCCAGUGAGCACCCCCCAAGGAACAAGCGAGUCCACCAUAGCUAUGGAGGGAGAAAGUCUUGUGGCCAGCGCAGACUGGAGCCCCUGGUCUGGUAUGUGCAUCAGUCAGGGAGCAGAGGGGAGCGGUGCUUUGCUGGGGGAAAUGGAAAGUACAAGCGGCUGUAAUAACACACAAGCAGCUGCUGCUAUGGACAGUAACCCCCAGCUGAGGGAGAAAGCAGGUACCAGCUGCACUGCUGUAAUGGAGGCCGGCCAUGUGCUUGGGAAGGAGGACGCCAUCUUGGAAGCAGAGACAAGCUGCACAGCAAAGGGGAAGCUCCGCCCACCCAGUGAGACUUACAGAGAGUCCAGCAAAGAAAGAAAGGAAGGAAAGAUUCCAGCAAAGAAUCCAGCAAAGAUCCAGGGAACCCCCCCACAAAUGGCACCAACUGAUGCUGCUUCAGCAGAGGGAGGAAUGGAGGCAAGCAUGGAAUGGGACUACCUGGCAGAGACUGUGGCUUUACAGGUGCUGGAGGAGAAACCUGCAGGGGCCCCAGAACCCUGUUCAUCAUGCAAACCUUGUGGUUAUUCUGCCCCCUGUGAGGAGGACUGGAUCUGGUACCGGGGGAAAUGUUAUUAUUUCUCUGAGACAUAUGAUGAGUGGAACAACAGCCAGAACUUCUGUGCCUCCCACAAUGCAUCUCUCUCUCUCAUCGACUCCCAGGAGGAACUGGAUUUUUUAAUUAGACACAAGGAUAUCGCAGACCACUGGAUCGGGCUGUACAGAGAUGCUGAGGGGAUCAUGUGGGUCUGGGCAAAUGGAUCAAAAUUCAAAAAUACGUUCCGUAUAGAAGGAAGAUCUCCAUGCGUGUACCUUAGUGACAACCAUCUUGUCAGCACAUCUUGUCAUCGAGACAAAAAAUGGAUCUGUAACAAACUGGAACCAAAUGUGCACAGGAAUGUUUUUAGAAGGCGACAAUAGGACUUUUUUU